AUUUUUAUUCCACAAUUGUUCCCACUGUGCAUGUAGACCAGUUCGACGCAGAUGUGCUUAAUGACAAUGCACGCACUGUACCAUUGUUUUGAUAUUGGAAACGUCAAAACUGUUCCGACGAACAGCAAAAUGUAAACAACUGCAGAUGAUUUCGUAUCGCAAAUUUUAAUAACUCCAUCGAAAAUGCAAUUUGCUUGUGUUAUAUGUACGAAAGUGCUCAGUGAAACGCAAACUAAAAAGCUGGUAGAUGUUUCGCUAAUAUUCUACAGGCUAACAUCGCUACAGGUUUCCAAACUGGACGAUAUUCAUUUGCUAAACAUUUGUAACGAAUGCAAUCAGAAAUUGUUGGAUUUUGAUAACUUUCGAACACUUUGUUUGGCUGCUUACGACAAGUUUACGCAGGAUCGUAAAGAAACGUUACAGGAAUGUACGGAUAAUAGAGAGGAAUUAAAAGAUGAAACUGAUUGUGAGGAAGAAAUUGAUUAUGAUACAUUAGCAGACAAUGAACCACUACUGGAGAAGGAACAAGUUGUAGAAAUAAUCACUGUAAACAAUAUUACGCUGGAAAGCGAAUCAGUUGGGAACGAUGAUAGUGAUGUGGUGAAAGUUGAAAACUAUGAAGCCGCUGAUCAAACCGUUCUCAUGAUCAAUGAUACCAAAAAUGAAACGGAAGGAGAUAGCAAAGAACAACAACCGGUUAGCAAACGUAGCGAAUUAAAAUGCAAUCUGUGCGAUCAAAAGUUUCGGUCCCAAAAUCGUUUAGACGGUCACUUACGGGAGCAUCAAGGUUUGAAGCCAGCGUUGUGCAAGAUUUGUGGGAAAGAUUUCGCCGACUGGAAGAACCUGAAAAGGCACAAUAUAGAUAAACAUUUAAAGCUAAACCAAGGGCUUUUUAAGUGUGAUUUUGAAGGUUGCAGCCUAUCGUACAGCACCGGUAAGGGGUUGAAUGCGCACAAGAAGAAACACGACCCGAAGUAUGUUAAGCCCGUGGCGAAGAAAUGUAUCUGUGAAACGUGCGGUAAUACAUUUUCAUCCAAAGGCGCAUUAAAGAAACAUUCAUACAUCCACACGGGCGGUAUGCCCUUUCAUUGUGAGCAAUGCAACAAAAGUUAUCCUACCUCGUACAAGCUGAAGGUGCACAUGAUGCGACAUCAGGGCAUCAAGAACUACGAAUGUUCUUACUGUGGGUUGAAAAAAACUACCGCCGACGAACUGAAACUGCACAUGAACUAUCACACGAAGGAAAAAGUGCUUAGUUGCAACUUUUGUGGACAAAAGUUUUUAACCGCAGGCAAUUUAACGAGACACAUCAAGCUUGUACAUCGUGGCAUCAAAGAAUUUAAGUGUACACACUGCGAACGAUCGUUCGGCAAGGCAGAAACGUUAAAGAAUCACAUCAUGACCCAUACUGGUGAAAAGCCGUACAAAUGUUCCAUCUGUUCAAAGCAGUUUAUACAAUCGUAUGCAUUUCAAAUUCACGCAAAAACACACGAGACGAAGAAAGUACCCAAAUCCGGAGAAGCUUUGCCUGGUGGUAUCGUACAAGCUAAGGGUUUCACAAAUUGCAGUGUUUCUGUGAUUCAGUGAGUCCACCAGGAAGCUAAUCACAACACGCAAACUUCAUCUUCGUAUGUCGUAUUGAACCAAAAACGAGAUUAUAUGAUAUAAACUCCACUAGCCAAAAUGAAGCAUCACUGCUUGCGACCAAACCGGGCAAAGAUAAAUCAAACACACAGUCGUAUACGCUUUCAGGUUUACUUUAUUAACCACAGAAACAUACAAUUAAAUGCACCUCAAUGUAUUUGUGUACGGCAUGCAGGAAGAAAUCUUGUGUGAAUAUAUUGCAAUAUCUUGUAACCCACCUCA